UUCUCCUCCUUCUAAGUAGAUAUCAGGCCCCCUCAAAAUCAUACCAAUAAGCCUAUAAAAUAAAAGUCCCUUUGGUUUUUGCAUUCCCCCUAAAAGAAAAGGAUCCGCUUUCUCGGUGAUUAGCAAUAACAGCACCCAAAAAGAGAAUCCCCGAACUAUCCAUCCCAUCCUAUCCACAUCCCGUCACCUUCGUCUCCGAUCCAUACGAGGGCAGUGCUGUUCGUUGAUGCUUAUCUAACUUCGUUUCCGGCAAACGGAAAGGGAUUCCAAUUCUUUCGCCUGUAAGAGAUGGUUGCCUUUGGGAAAAAGUUGAAAGAAAGACAAAUCGAAGAAUGGCAAGGAUAUUACAUAAACUACAAAUUAAUGAAGAAGAAAGUGAAACAAUAUGCUCAUCAAAUCCAACUUGGGACAGUGGAUCGCCGUCAUGUUCUCAAGGAUUUCUCAAGAAUGCUGGAUAAUCAGAUUGAGAAGAUUGUUCUUUUUCUGUUGGAACAACAAGGGCUACUUGCAGAAAGGUUAAUGAAGCUUGGGGAAUGGCAUGAUGCUCUUCAGGAGCAUCCUGAUAUAUCCCAAAUAGCUGAAUUAAGAGAGGCUUAUAGAGCAGUGGGACUAGAUCUUUUGAAGCUUCUCCGUUUUGUUGAGAUGAAUGCAAUUGGUCUGCGUAAGAUACUGAAGAAGUUUGACAAACGCUUUGGAUAUAGAUUCACUGACUACUAUGUUAAAACGCGUGCUAAUCAUCCCUACUCUCAGCUGCAACAAGUGUUUAAGCAUGUGGGAUUGGGGGCUGUUGUGGGGGCAAUAUCUCGCAAUCUUCAUGAUCUUCAGGACCGUCAGGGAAGUUAUUUGUCAAUUUAUGAUCAGCCUUCUCUUCCUCUCCAGGAUACUGUGGUUGAUUCUAUAAAAGCUGCUGUGGAUAGGUUAACCAACUCAACAAACUUCCUAAACUUUCUUGCACAACAUGCACUCAUUAUGCAAGAAGAGCUGCCUACUCCAACUGCAGAACAAGUUGAUGAAAAGAGAUACCAUUUUAUGUCACUACUUUUGAACUUGGCAAACACAUUUCUCUAUAUGGUAAAUACAUAUAUAAUUGUCCCUACAGCUGAUGACUACUCGAUGAGCCUUGGAGCUGCAGCAACCGUUUGUGGUAUUGUGAUAGGGGCAAUGGCUGUUGCACAGUUGUUUUCUUCAGUUUAUUUUAGUGCAUGGUCAAAUAGAUCAUAUUUCAGACCUCUUAUAUUUAGCAGUAUAGUUCUUCUUGUGGGAAAUACCAUGUACGCAAUGGCUUAUGAUCUUAACUCAAUAUGGGUUCUCCUUAUUGGUCGUCUUUUCUGUGGAUUGGGUUCUGCUAGAGCUGUUAACCGACGGUAUAUCAGUGACUGCGUACCAUUAAGAAUCCGCAUGCAGGCAUCUGCUGGUUUUGUCAGUGCCAGUGCUCUUGGGAUGGCUUGUGGUCCUGCUCUUGCUGGCAUUCUUCAGACGAAUUUCAGGAUUUACAAUAUUACAUUCAAUCAAAACACAUUGCCUGGAUGGGUUAUGGCUGUAGCUUGGCUUAUAUAUUUGAUAUGGUCGUGGAUAUCAUUUAGAGAGCCUUCUCAUGAUAUGGAAGAGACUUUUUCACCUCAUGAGCCUAAAUCUGAACCAGUAGAAAAUGAUACACUCGAGAAAGGUCUUAAACAGCCGUUGCUCAUUAGUUCCACAGACAAUGAAGAAGCUGAUGACGGUGAGCAAGAAGGUGAUGGAAGUGAAGAAUCUGCUGAGGAAUCUCGUCGAGCAGCUACUUCAAUUGCAUCAGCUUAUAGACUACUCACGCCCUCAGUAAAGGUUCAGUUGUUGAUAUAUUUCAUGCUCAAGUAUGCAAUGGAGGUUUUACUCUCAGAAUCUAGUGUCAUUACAACAUACUACUUCAAAUGGUCUACAAGCACUGUGGCGAUCUUUCUUGCUUGUCUUGGCUUAACAGUUCUUCCUGUAAACAUUGUUGUUGGAAACUACGUUAGCAACAUGUUUGAAGACAGGCAAAUUUUGUUAGCAUCUGAAAUAGUGGUUUGCAUAGGCAUACUUCUAAGCUUCAAUGUAAUAAUACCAUACUCUGUGCCACAGUAUGUCCUCUCAGGACUCAUCAUGUUUGUUUCAGCCGAAGUACUUGAAGGCGUCAACUUGUCUCUACUUUCUCGGGUCAUGUCAUCCAGGCUGUCCCGUGGAACAUACAAUGGUGGACUGCUUUCAACAGAAGCCGGGACAAUUGCUCGAGUGAUUGCAGACGGCACAAUAACACUGGCUGGCUACCUGGGGGAGAAUAGGCUUUUGAAUGCAACUCUACUUCCUUCGUUAGUUAUAUGCAUAACCUCCAUUGUCGCCACCUGCUUUACCUACAACACCUUGUAUUGAUUAGUUUGGAAGGACUCCAUCCCUCUCAACUCAAACACCAGCCUCUAAUUUUGUUUUUGCUCUCCGAUUCUUUUUUCUUCAAUUGAUUAGCUGUAUAUGGCAAAACACUAGGCCAUUGAUUCUUCAAAAUUGGCUUAUGAGAUACCAUUGGAAAUGCACUGCUUCCAAAUCAGUAAAUUUCCUGUCUCAUC